UGGAUCCUGCCUUGUGUUCAGUCGUCGGAGGAGCUGGUGCUGCCGUCGGACAAGACGUGGCCGUUCCUGCUCCGGUUCCCGGUGUCGGCGUUCGGUAUCUGCCUGGGCGUGAGCAGCCAGGCGAUCCUGUGGAAAACGAUCGCGUCGUCGUCGCCGACCAUGUUCCUGCACGUGACCCACAAGGUGAACCUGGUGCUCUGGUGCAUCUCCGCGGUGCUCAUGUGCGGCAUCACAGCCGUCUACGCGCUCAAGAUCGCCAUCUUCUUCGAGGCCGUGCGGCGCGAGUACUACCACCCCGUUCGGGUGAACUUCUUCUUCGCCCCGUGGAUCACCUGCCUCUUCCUGGCCAUCGGCGUGCCGCCGUCCGUGGCCAAGGAGCCCCUGCCGCACUGGCUCUGGUACGCGCUCAUGGCGCCCAUGCUCAUCCUGGAGCUCAAGAUCUACGGCCAGUGGAUGUCCGGCGGGCAGCGGCGCCUGUCCAAGGUGGCCAACCCGUCCAACCACCUGUCCGUGGUGGGCAACUUCGUGGGCGCGCUGCUGGGCGCCAGCAUGGGGCUCAGCGAUGGUCCCGUCUUCUUCUUCUCCGUCGGGCUGGCGCACUACAGCGUGCUGUUCGUGACGCUGUACCAGCGGCUCCCCACGAACGAGACGCUGCCCAAGGAGCUCCACCCGGUGUUCUUCCUCUUUGUGGCGGCUCCCAGCGUGGCGAGCAUGGCGUGGGCCAGGAUCACGGGCGAGUUCGGGUACGGCCCCAGGGUGGCCUACUUCAUCGCCAUGUUCCUGUACGCGUCGCUGGCGGUGCGGAUCAACUUCUUCCGGGGGUUCCGCUUCUCGCUGGCGUGGUGGGCGUACACGUUCCCGAUGACCGGCGCCGCCAUCGCGUCCAUCCGCUACUCCACCGAGGUGCACAACACCUUCACCAUGGCGCUCUGCGUGGCGCUGUCCGCGAUCGCCGUGCUCACUGCGGCGGCGCUGUUCGUCACCACACUGGUGCACGCGUUCGUGCUCCGGAAGCUCUUCCCCAAUGACAUCUGCAUCGCCAUCACGGACCACAAGAUGAAGCCCAUCAUAGAGCUGCACGAGAGCCAGGGCGAGGACGGCAGCUCCAACGACAUCGAGGCCGGCGCUGGUGGCAAACAGUGAUAGACUCAUAUCCAAGUCGCCGAGCUUCACGCCAAGCGUGGGGGGAUGACGCGACCGAGUUCUUGCUUGGUUCCAGGUGGCAUGCAAGUAGGAUUGCGUGCUUGGUUCGUUGUGCAGACUGCAAAGGGAAGGGAGGAGGAGCUUUUGAUCGGAUUUGCAUCUAUCUAGUAGUUCAGUAUAUAAAACUACUUGAAUGUACAGUGUGGGCAACGUUAUAUGAAAAGCGGCUGGUUGUUUAUCGA